AUGUCUAUGCAAACAGAAGCAGAAUCUGUCUACUUGCAAUUUACUCCUUCUGGAAACAGGCACAAGAAAAGAGAUUGCCACUGCUCUGCUUCCACAUCAUCGGGAGGUUUAGAAAUACAUGCGUUAGAUAUUCGUUUUCCAAUGGAUUACACAGGCAUAUGUGGAAUAAAUCAAAAAUCAUAUUUACAGUUUGAUUCAGGAAAUCAGACCAUAAAGUGUCAUGACAGGCAACUAAUUGGUGGUUAUACUAACAUAUAUAACACCUCUAAUCAAAACGUGGACAUUCUGCUUCAUUUAGACGGAGAACCACAGUCUGUCUGGAUUGGUAUUACAGCCACAACAGGAACAAAGGUCAAUAUUUCGUGCGAAAACAUUCCACCAACAGAGUUUUUUUCUACUGAAGCAAUCAUUUCAAGUGAAUAUACUACCUUUGAUGUAGAGACAUCUAUAUCUGUAAAAUUGACAAAGAAUCAAGAAAUAACAAAGAAACCACUCUACACAACUGAUGAAAGGACAGCAAGAGUAAUGAAAACACCAUCCAUUGGAAUGGUCACAGCAACGGUGACACAUUUGACCUCAGCGCAUUCAACAGAACAUUCAUCUAAUAUUUCAGUUAUUCCUCCUGUUUCACAAAACAAGCUGCAAGAGAAAAACACAAAAGCAAGAAUGUCAACUGAAAAAUCUUCCUUUGGUGUAAUGACAUCUAAACCUUUGAUAUCGUCAAAGAAUGCAGAAAAAACGAAGGGACCAACGUUAGAAACACGUUUGACUUCAGCGCAGUCAAAAAAACAUUUAUCAACCAUUUCAGUCAAUCCACAAAAAACGCUGCCAGACAAAAAAACGACAGAUCAACCGAUAGAUCCAGCAAUUAUAGUUCUAGCACUUACAAGUUUCUUGACAUUUGUCCUUGUCGUCAUUGGCUUUGUUAUUGGCAGAUCCAGAUAUGUCAAGAGCAGACUUCAUAGAAAACAUUGCAAUACUAAUCAAGAAGAGAUACAACUAGACAAAAAAGAGACUGGUGUAAAUAUAAAACAAAACGUGCAUCAUGUGUGCAAGGAUGACGCAAUUUGA